GGUUCCGGACCAUAAGAGACAGCUGCUGUUUGGUAGGAGGAGUUACCUUGCCCUAACCCCACCAGAUCCAUCCAGGCCUAAGAUUUGAAAGUCAUUUUUGCAUUAUGGGGGAGUGCGCGGGUCUCAGCCCAGGGCGGCUCGGUGCCUGAGAGCUGCGCCUGUCUCUGGGUUUGCAGCAGCGGAGGGAAGCAGAGGCCAGCCGGGCUGAGGGCCCAGGAAGGUAAAUGCGGGACUUCUGGGAGAAUGAGCUGUGACAACUGCUAGGCAGUGGGAAAGGGAAUAAACAAGAGAUAUUCCUCUGUUGCCCCCCCCCUUCCCCAUUCUGCUUGCUAAGGGCAUCUGCUCCUUUCUGGUAGAAAAAAUUCUGGAAAACAAUCAAACAAAAAAACCCGACCCUACUGAAUGAGGUAGAGAAGGUAUUUGGAUCCUGAGAGAGGGUACUAGAACAAGUAUCUCUGAGAUGAAUUAUUUUCUUCUUUUCUUUUUUAAGAAGAAUGUUGUAGUUGCUCAGCCCUGGCCUUGGCAAAUGAAUGAGAGAACUCGAAUUGUCACCAAGCUACCUGAACUGUCUCUGAAAGUCGGGCUUCUUGGAGCUGGCGGAGGCUCGGAGGAAAAGACCAGGGCUGGCAGCACUCUGGGUAUCUGUUCUGGAUAGAACCCAGAAGUUGUAACGUUGUCUAUAUAUACCCUGUAGAACCGAAUUUGUGUGGUAUUCACAUAGUCACAGAUUCGAUUCUAGGGGAAUAUAUGGUCGAUGCAAAACCUUCACGUUUCUCCGAAAUAACCAGAACUGGAGAGAGUAGAGGCAGCCGGUGCAGGUCAGCAACUUCUUUCUGUUUUAUUGCCUUGUACUUCAGGAGGAUCGACUGUGCCUGGUGACACUAUGCAGCCUUUCCCUGCAGAAGCUCCACACCUUUAAACAGAGGUUUCAGUGGGUGCUACAAAAAACAAAACAAAACAAACAAAACCCUUAACUGGAUGCAUGAAUGCAGGGCCAAAGGGCUAGGUUUGGGGGUCUUGCGAGUAAGGUAAAAGACCAGCUAGGUUCAGCUACAGCUCUGUUCUCCAAGAAUAUAAAUGGCAAAGGUACCCAAUUGGGAUCGGGCUAGUUGACUUUUAAAGCCCUGGGGUGGGAAGAAAGCAAGCUGGAAAGAAGUUCAUUAGGACCUUUGUGGUGCAUUUCAGAGAGGUCUCUUCACCACCUUUCUGGCCCAACACUUCAAGAACCUGGACCCUGAUGUCCUCUGGCCAUACAGCAAGGCCCAACUUAGGCUAGAAGCAACCUGUCCUGGGCACUAAUAAGGAAACCAUGGUGGUUACUCAUUGCCUAACUUAAUUCAGGCGUGCCAGAAUCUGGUAUCUUUUGGGUGACCCUGAUGAAGACAAAGCCAGGACACAGUCUUUGUAUGGCAGAGUCCCGUCUCCCGCCGCCUGGGCGGGUAAACUGCCCGCCUAAGAUACUCUGUCCAAGGCAGAGGCACCUUGCCCACCUACCCUUCCUUGCUUUAUACCCCACUAGGACUCCUCACUUGCCCCUGAACUGUGCCCAGUUUGAGGGGUUGCUUCAGGCUAUUCUGAGUGGAGAGGGCAUGAAAGAAGGUUAGCAAAGUCAGGAACAGAGGGGGAAAAAAAGCCCAAAACGAGAUUACCUUCUGGGGAUAGGGAUGCUGGGGUUGGAACUACUUUAACAUCUGGCAGGGACCCUCAAAUGUGGCAAGGCGAGCCACUUGAUUACACGUCUGUUAUUUAGUUAAAUUUGUGAAAAUUAUGAGAUGCUCACCAACCCGGUGAUAAACUCGCUCCCUCCCCAUUGGCUGGCCUGGUCACAUGGCCGUCCAACUUUAUUCAGUUGACAGCAAGUAGGAGGGCCCUAUGGAAGGAGAAAAAAAGACAACACGAGAAAAAUUAGUAUUUUCUACCUUCUGAAAUUAAUGGCCAUGAGUUCGUAUAUGGUGAACUCCAAGUAUGUGGACCCCAAGUUUCCUCCGUGCGAGGAAUAUUUGCAGGGCGGCUACCUAGGCGAGCAGGGCGCCGACUACUACAGCGGCGGCGCACAGGGCGCUGACUUCCAGCCCCCGGGGCUCUACCCGCGGCCCGACUUUGGUGAGCAACCCUUUGGAGGCGGCGGCCCUGGGCCGGGCGCAGCACUGCCCGCACGGGGUCACGGGCAAGAGCCCAGCGGCCCUGGCAGUCACUACGGAGCCCCAGGAGAGCCGUGCCCGGCGCCCCCGCCCGCGCCCCUGCCUGGCGCCCGGGCCUGCAGCCAGCCCGGCGGCCCCAAGCAGCCGCCCCCCGGGACGGCACUCAAGCAGCCCGCCGUGGUGUACCCCUGGAUGAAGAAGGUGCACGUGAAUUCGGUGAACCCCAACUACACCGGCGGGGAGCCCAAGCGUUCCCGAACGGCCUACACAAGGCAGCAAGUCCUAGAACUGGAAAAGGAAUUUCAUUUUAACAGGUAUCUGACAAGGCGUCGUCGGAUUGAAAUAGCUCACACCCUGUGUCUGUCCGAGCGCCAGAUCAAGAUCUGGUUCCAGAAUCGGAGGAUGAAGUGGAAAAAAGACCACAAGCUGCCCAACACCAAGGGCAGGUCAUCAUCAUCCUCUUCCUCAUCUUCAUCCUCCUGCUCCUCCUCAGCUGCCCCGGGCCAGCAUUUGCAGCCAAUAGCCAAGGACCACCACACGGACCUGACGGCUUUAUAGAAGUGGGGACCCUGGGCCCAAUCCUCUCAGUGCUCCAGGCGGAGCCGAAGCUGUGGGGGCAGGCCGGGCCUGCUGUCACCUCGCUGGGUUCUAAGGUACUGUGGGGUGGACCUGGGACUCGCAGGCCGCCCUCGGACUAGGUUAGCGUCCUGCCCGAGGGCAGCCCCCUCCCUAGAGUGGGGAUGGGGGUGGGAGGGUGGGCGGGAUUCUGUAAGUAUAUGAUCCUAUGGCAGGAGCUACUGAGAACAUAAAACCCUGGCGAGUCAUUAAACUCAUGAAAAUCUCUGCUGUUGGAUGUUGAAUUUGCAAAUGAAGGUUGGAUGCUUUAUCCCAGUGUGAAUUUGGACAUUCUCCCCCACUCCACCCCUCCAGGGAGCUUUGUGGUUUACUCAAUGUUGGGGGAGUUGAGGCAGAAGGUUGGUCCCCCCUGGUGCCAGGUGCUUCCAGUGGGACCAAGAGAGCUUGCCAAAAAUCUCUGAACUUUCUGAGGUGUCUUAUAUUAUUGCCAGUGUGCUAGAAAGAAAUGUCAUGCUCCCAGUGGCCCUAUGCUCAAAGAAAUAAAUCUAAGAAAGAAGUACAAAUGGGUUGUUUUAUGGUUAGAUUAUAUUUGCUUUAUUAUUUAUUUGUUGGGAGAUGGGGUACAGAAAAUAACUGACACCUCCUGCCAAAAAUCUUUAGAGGGUAAAGAGUCUGAGUUUCAAGGAGCUGAGUCAGAAAUAUGUAGACUUACUUUUGGCUAUAACUGGCAUUUUGAUCACCACCCCCUUCCUAGACCUGGAAAUAAGUGUAGGGGCCUUUAAUCCUUCUAGAAGAAGCAAUGUUGAAUUCUUGAAAAUGUAUUUCCACAUGUGCUUACACCGUAAUUGCACUGUGCUUACAAGCAGUUCUGGAUGGCUGAAGGACGAGGAAAAAAAGAAACAAAUGGCCCAACAUUUUCUUUCUGAGGAAUGAAAACAAAACCUCUAUGCUCUGGUUUGUUUGAUAAUGACUAAAUUUUCUGUUCCAACUGAAUUCCAAAUGUCCUAUAUAUUCCUUGUUGCAGUAUUAGAUAAGAAUUUCUAUGUGGCCUACAUGGAGGUGGGGCUGUGCAGUUGAGAAAAAGUGGGUAGGUGAAGAAGUCUUUUUUGUUUUUUAAAGGAAUUAUGCCUAGAAGGACACAAAAGUUGCUCUUAGGGUUUUUCCUGAAGUUUUUUUUUUUAAAGCAAAGUCAAUAAGUGAUUUUUUUUCCAACCUAUUAAUUAGAAGCAGAAAUUGAAAAAGUAUAAAAGUUUUCAGGCCCUUUUCUUUGCCUUGAAAAUUGUGGCUUAAAAACAAUAAAUCUGAAACAACAAGAGAGAUCAUUUUAAGUCACUUUUCUUAUGUGUGCCAUGUCUGUGAAGGGCUCAAAGCUCAGUUUUUCUAAAAUGUUGAGUCUUAAGGACAAGGGGCAAAGAGUCAAAAGUAAUAACUAGAGUUGAUGUACUCAAAUGAAAGUCUUUGAAAGUUUUAACCCUCAAAAACCUUGUGCUCCAAAAGAGACCUCUGACUCCAUCUACCCAAAAGUGACAAAUAAGGGGGAGGGAGAUGGGGGUAAAGUUAAAUCUUAAUUCUAAGGUCCAUAAUGAAGUUAUUUGCUCAGUACUUCAGAACAUUUUAGAAGGUUUUAGUAGCAGUCUUUAAAAUACACUUAAGUGGAGGAAAGGGAAAAGAUUUUCUCUUGAAGGCAUAUUCUUUGGUUCUGUGUCUCCUGAGAGCUAAGGGCAGGUAUUCAUUGAGAUCCCUAUGCUAAAAUUUCCCUUCUCUAAAGUAUCAUCCAAGCCUUGGUCUUUUGUAUUAGACCCCGGGGACAGCUCUUUGUUCCUCCUUGGGGUAAGCCUGGCUCUCAGACUUGCACAUGGCAAUACUUGAAUAUCGCCACGUCGGUAUAUUAAAGAUGGAUAUUCCUGCAUUAUUCCCAUCAUUGUUUCUAUGACAAAAAGCACAGAGUUCAUACAUAGUCAAGACGUCUUCUUUCUGACGCCCUCACGUUGAGAGGCUGAAAAGGUAUUUUACUGAAGUUUGGCUAAAUUACAGAAUCAGGUUCAUCCAGAGGACAAAUUUUCUAUUCGAUUAGCUGUAUUUCAGCCAGGAGGACUGACCUCUAAACCCUUAACCUUUUGGACUCUGACUACCCUUCUCUUCUCCACCUCCCCCCCCCCUUCUAACAUGGAGAGCAGUCUUUGGAUGCAGCAUUUGAAAAGACCCACUAUCCUUAGGCAAAUUGGAAAGUUGCUAAGAUGCUUUCCUAAAACCCAAAUAUGUGCAUACAUGAACCUUCUCCUUGGGAGGGGAAAAUAUAUUUUCACAAUAUCCAACUAUAUAGAUAUUAUGGAGAUUAUUAUAUAGACUUUUUCCCUUCUCCCAAGAAGUUCUGGUUACUUACCCAGCUUCAGACCAAAUGCCAUGCUGCCUUCACCCCUGCCCCAAAAGAAGCCAAAAGACAUGUUUUCCUGAAGAAAACCCCAGCUUCUCAAACAUAGCCCCACUAUUUUGGAAAGUAACUUAAUCAGAGAAACAACUUCUUUGUUUAUAAGUCUCAGCUCCCCUUCUCAGCUUUGAGGGAUUGUCUUUUGAAAUGUUAAUGAAGCCUGGUUGGCCCAGAGGGCAGCUCCCUUUCCUGAAGACCCACUUGGACCCCAGUAUCCAUUUGGGCCCACAGGAGUAGACUAGGAAAGGGACAGGACCCCCCCCCCUCCCCAACCACCCAGGGCAGGGGAGGAAAUGAGUUUCCAUCUGGGAACAUGCUCUGGAGAAAGUUUGGUGUGCUAAGGCUCCAGUGCCCAUUUGCUAUUAUUUGUUUUCAGUUUAUUCCCCCAAAUAUGAGCCAGAAAUGUUUGUUUUGGUGGUUGAUUUUUUUGAAACCUGUGUUGGGGUCGUGACAGGGGGUGAAGUGUUUGCUGAGUACACUACUCUUGUGACUGCCAUCUCGCUAUGUCCAUUGCAGCCUUUUGUUGUGAGAUGACAUUGUCAGUCAGCCUUGGAGCCUGUUCACAUGAGAUGCUUUUU